AGUAAGAGGCAAAGAGAAAAAUAAGGGGCAUUUAGCAAGCUCUGCACACCUCGGCUGCUCUCCUUGUUUCUGAAGAGGGGUUUGCAAAAAAAAGGGAAGGAGCCCCAGAUGUACAACGGAGAGGUCUAGUCAUUUUCUCUCAUCAGCACUCCUGACGCUGUACAGUAAAAGCUGUUUCCAGGGAUUACGCUGUGCAUGCUCUUCUGCUUAGUAACAACCCAUUUCCUCAGCCAAGAGACACUUAUUUGUGCACCUCUCUUAAGUGGCUGCUUUCCAGAGAAACCAGGUAUCUUCUCAUUCCCGCUUUGAAAACCUUUCUACUGAUCAAGGAAUGUAGCUGAGCAUUUCUUUCUGUGGGACUUUGUCUGCAACAAAUCCAACAAUGGCCAGGAGUUGCUCUGGAUGUAAAGAGAAGCGGCCUGCACACAGUCUGUGUACCAGUUGCAACAAGUGGCUGUGCAGCUUGUGUACAGAAGAACACGGGCAUGGCAAGGAAGCGGGAGAACAUUUCCUGCCUAUAACAUUGAAGAGCUGCUCCGGUGGUGAAGGGGGACCACGUGAUUUUGCUUUGUUUUGUCCUGUGCACAGUCAAGAGUCACUCAAGAUGUUUUGUGAGACCUGUGACAUCCUAACUUGCCACUGCUGCCUUCUGACAGAGCACAAGGAACACAGGUUCAGGCACCUCCAGGAAGCUUUGCAAAACCAGAGAGCCAUCCUGGAAAAUGUAACGGCUAAAGUGGAAGAGAAAAAAAGUGCGGCACAGGUCUCAGCCAAACAGAUUGAAGACAGGUUGUUUGAAGUCAAACACUUACAGAGGAAAGUGGAAAAUCAGAUUAAAAUGGCCAAGAUGGUCCUGAUCAGUGAAAUAAAUAAGCGAGCAAAUGUCCUCCUCGAACAGCUAGAGAGAAUCACCAGUGAAAGGAAACAGAAACUGGAACAACAACUUCAGGGCAUCAUGGUUUUAAACAAGCAAUUUGAGCAUGUGCAGAAUUUCCUCAACUGGGCAGUGUACAGUAAAAACAGUGUUCCAUUCCUCUUCAGUAAAGAACUGAUUGUGUUUCAGAUUCAGCGUUUACUGGAAACCAACUGUAAUACAGAUGUGACUCCUCCAUGGAAGGUGAGAUUCACAUGGGACCCAUCUUUCUGGACAAAACAGCUCUCCAAUUUAGGUCACUUGUCAAUGGAGGGGGGACAAAUGCUACACUCCGAUGUACCAGCCUAUGGAGGUAUGCAAGGAAUGCAGCCCUCUUUGUACCACCAUCAUGGACAUCAUUCACCAGCACCGCAGCAUGAUCCUCUCAAUAAUCAAUCCCACCAAUUCCAGACUCCAGUUCAUUGCCCUACACCAGUGUGCUGCACCCAUUGCCUUAACAUCCCACACAUGAACAAAGGGCAGCUGCCUCAUCAGACCAUGAGCCACCCUCAGACCUACCGGCAGCCUCCAGAAAUGCAGCAGCACCAGCAGCAUUUUCCCCUGCAGUACAGUCUGCAGCAGCAUGAAAGAGAUCAGAGGUGCACAGUUCGCCACAUGAAAACAAUGCAGCCUUGUUUAGAGGCCAAAUCUCACCAGGAGCAUGAGAGCAUAUCUGCCAGGAUAGGGAAGCAAACACAAGAGCAAGCCAUUCAUCAAGCCACACACUCGGUUUAUCCACUUCCACCACAGGAGGUUCCCCAAGGCCAGGCAGGCCAUUCCCAGCAGGUGCCUGUGCAGUCUCCUCUACAGACACCAACUGUGCAAGUCCAGCUUAGUCCUCUCCAGAAAGUGAAACUGAACAAUGUGCCUCAGGAGCAGCCACCACCACUGCAACAACUGUCGCCCCCACCACCACAGCCAUCUACAACAAGCCAGAAUGAGAAAGCUCAUGAACAAGUGAUACAGCAGAGUUUGGACAUUAUGCACCACCAGUUUGAACUGGAAGAAAUGAAGAAAGACUUGGAGCUUCUCCUCCAGGCUCAACAGCCAAGCCUACAACUGAAUCAGGCCAAACAGCCUCAGCAUGUGCAGCAAACCAUUGUGGGUCAGAUAAACUACAUUAUGAGGCAGCCGGGACCAGUUCAGCAACAAAAUCAAGAGGAAGCACAACAGGUUGGUGAAGAUUCCAGUGAGCCUGAAGGGCAAAAGACAGUCCUUCCCCUUGACAGAAAUGUGGUCCCACCUGUGUCACAGCCAUUAGAAGAAGCCAUUGUCCGUAUUCAUUCCCCAGAGAAUACUUUGAAUCCAGUGAGAAAGCGUUCAGGUUCCCUGAACAUUGUGGGCUUAUCAAAUGCUUUAGAAAUGCAGUUGUCUUCAACAAGGGUAUCCAGGUCAUCUGAUCUACAGGCACAAGAUGCUUCUAGUGUAACAUCUAGCCAAUCUCAAAGUAUGCCACAUGUCAUUGAUGUGCAGUUGGAAACUGCACCAAAUUUCAGCCUGGCCUUGGACAGAACUGCUAAUGACUUGAGCUCUGAGACUACAGACCACUUCGUAACAGGUGCCAUGUCCCUGGGGAGUGCAAUGUGCAAGCUUGAAAAUGAUGAGUUUGGCACUGUGAGUUACCCUCUUGGAAAUGACUCUGCUGUGGUUGAGUCAAAAGACAGUAAUGAAUUAACUCUUCCUAUGCAAAAUAUUCUGGAAGAGCCUAUUAAUCUUUCAGUGAAGAAGACUCAGCUGUGUGCCUCCCCUCCCAUCUGUAUCACCAACUCUUCCUGCAUACAGCCCUCUAAUCCACAGCAACCAAUACAUAUUGAAGAUUGCCAUAACUGUGAAGAGGAACAUUUUGAAACAGAAAUUAAAAGUAAUCAGAGCAACAGAGCUUGUGCCAAAGAGGUGAAAGUCCCUUACGUGCGCCUGGAGCGACUGAAGAUAUGCACAUCAGAAUCUGGAGAACUUCCAGUAUUCAAACUGCAGCCACAGAAGAAUGGACAUGAUGGGACUUUCCUGUUGAUAAUUGAAUGCGGCACUCAGUCUUCAAGGAUGGCUAUUAAGAUCAAUCAAGGAAAUUCAUCUAAUAAAGGACUAAAUGCCAAGCCUGAGAAGAUAGAUGACCAAAGAAUCCCUUCAAGACAACCAACAGAGCAAGCAUUGCCUCCUCCUGUAGAUCAUAGGUUUAGUAACAACCCGAAGAAAGCUGUGCUUUCCCAGGAAGACAGCCCUAUUGAGAAUGAGGACUUCUGUGCUGUUUGUCUGAAUGGAGGAGAACUGCUGUGCUGUGAUUACUGCCCAAAGGUGUAUCACCUCUCAUGCCAUGUUCCUGCCUUGCUCAGCUUUCCUGUAGGAGAAUGGGUUUGUACACUUUGCCGCAAUGUUGAGAAGCCAGAGAUAGAAUAUGACUGUGAAAACAUACGCUUCAACAACACACUAAUGCACACAAGAGCACCUUUUGGCCUUGAUGACUAUGACCAGAAGAAGUGUGAGAAACUGGUACUUUCACUGUUCUGCAAUAGCCUGAGCCUACCAUUCCAUGAACCAGUCAGCCCCCUAGCUCGUCAUUAUUAUCAAAUCAUCAAAAGGCCUAUGGACUUGUCCACUAUCCAGAAAAAGCUCCAAAAAAAGAACAAAUUCCACUACUCCACCUCUGAGGAGCUGGUAGCAGAUGUGCGCCUUAUGUUCUGGAAUUGUGCAACAUUCAACUAUCCUGAUUCAGAGGUUGCUGAGGCUGGACGAUGCCUGGAAAUAUUCUUUGAAAGCAAGCUAAAAGACAUUUACCCAGAAAAGCAUUUCCCCUUGGUGCAGCAAGAUGAUUCUGAUUCAGAAGAAGUGGAGCAUGAAAAUAGCCAAGCAGCCUCCAAGGAAUUCCAUUGGCCAUCAUACAGACAAGAAUGUAUCCAGCCCAAAAGAAGGCGACGGCAUGCUGAAAGUGAAAAAACGAAAAGACCAAUGUUUUGGCCAGCUAAAGGACUUUCUCAGGUGUGACCUGCACUGGUGCUGGGUAUGCUGUGAAUAACCCAAAAUAUCAAUCAAAAUAAAGGACAGUGAUAAAAACGUGGGAGGAAAUAAAAACACUUAGAUAUUUCAUCUGAACUUCACACCAGUGACUGACCAACUUUACUUCAAGAAACUUUGCGGAGAUUACAUUUUUAAUCUAUCUCUUGCUAUCCAUUCUGCCUAAUAAUUUGUAUUUACACUAUUUUUUUGGUCAUUUGCAACAGCAACUAUUAAUAAAAAUAGAACAUUUGUUA